AGUACGUGCAAAAGAAUUCAAUUCCAAUCGCUAUGUAAUAAAUAUUUUCCGUAAUCAGUGAUCACUUAUUUAUUACCGUUUUUAAUUACUAAUCAUUUCCUCGAAUGAACUAAGUUUUGAACGUUUCUGAGCAGCAGUAUUACGUACAAUGAGUCUUAGCAGCCUCAUUUUUCAGUUUUGAAAAAUCAAAGGUUCUCUUUAGUAUGUUCCUUUUUGCAGCCAAGAUCUUGUUUAAUUUCUCUAAUUUUCCAUUAAACUGUGAUAAAAACUCGUUCCAUAUCUGCCAGAAGAAUGGAUGAAAGUCUGCUUGAUUCAAAUCUGGCGGAUGGAGACCUCUUGUCGGACUCCUCAGAAACUGAGGAGUAUGACUUGCAUAACGAUGAAACCUUCGGAGAUGACUGUGUUAUGGAGGAUGACUGGGAAGAGGUUCACGAGAAAUUGGCCGAAAUGGAAGAAUCUCAUAAAUUCAAUGGGAACAGCUUCCAUGGGCAGGAUUUGCAAGAGUCACCGAAAUCGAAGACUUCACAAGAUGUCGGAAUCCCAGGAAGCCCCUCUGUCAUCGAGCACUCCGGCUUUGUCAGAGUUUCCAAUAUUAACAAGGGUCAGAUUGGCAGUCCUCGCUCUCUAAAUGAUUCAUAUCAACUGCCACCUCUAUCAGGGGGCCCAAAUCUUGACAGCCUCUUCAAAUUAGCAAGAGCCAACACCCCCAAGUCUCCUGCUAUUAAAACUGUAGAACAACUUGAAAAGGAAUUGCAAGACCAGGCUGCUGUAAAAGACGUCAGAGCAGACCGAAGCACCUCACCAGAGGUGGCAGCAGCGAUUAGGCGAUUGAGUUUAAGUGCAAAUAAACCAGCAACAGGACCCCCAGUUUUAAAUUCAUGGCUCACACAACUGCAGCAGCAGCAGCAAGUAAAGACGAACGGAACUCCAGUCAGGAAUAUCAUCCCGAUCCAACCCAUUCAGGCGCCUUUAACACCGAUCAUGAGAAAUGCCCUCCCUGGUCAAGUCUCUAUAGCAACUCCAAUACCCGUUCCCAUGGUUGUCACGCCUCACAUUUUCCAUUCUCCCAUUCGCCCAGUCCAUUUAGGAACCAAUCAAAAUCCUAGUUUUCCAAUUUUAGCGGCCCCAGGGUCCAUCCCUAGGACGCCAACGCGGUUCGAACCAGCAAUUCUCAGGCCUAUCACACCGUCUUCUAUCACACCACCGAAGCCUUCUCUACAAGGGCAGAAGCUCUCUCAUCUCUUCAGAAUGCCACUACCGUCGGCACCUUCGCCGCACGUCUCGGGUUUAUCCUCGCCGAUGAUGAUGAAACCCCAGAAUCCAGAACCUAUGAACAUUGGGCAUGGGGAGAAUAACAUGAUCGGAGACGGAUCUCAUCCUAAUUCUAGAAAACGAGAAUACCAACGACAUAUGGACGCUGAAUCUGACCAUGAUGACAGAGAUCCUUACGCAGGUCUGAUGACGCCGCAGGAAAGACAUUGGAUUGCCCAAAUUCAACUCAUGCCGCUCAACACAACGAAGCCUUUUGAGGACGAUUACUAUUUCACAAUGCAUCAGCACAAGCUGGCCGGAUCCUACUCUCUUCGCACAGCAAAGAAAUCAGUCAUAGCAGCAACUAAAAUGCCUGAAGUAACGAUCGUUAGAAACAGUAAUUAUACUCCCCUGCAGUUCGAAAAUUCACUGGGAAAAAUUCAAGCUGGCAGCGUUGUGGCUCCAAGGAAGCUAAUCGAUGCCUCAUCAAUACAUAACAAAACACCAGCAGAAGAGACAUCAGGUCUUGGUGAAGGUCUCAAGGUUUCGACGGAAGUUAGAAGCGGUGGUAUUUCGCCUAGUCGUAAAGGGCUCCAAGACUUGCCGACUCCUUUAGUGCAGAAAAAAUCCUGUCAGACGCUUAUUACGAUUGAACAAAUGUUCCAACAAGUUCUACUUUUAGAAGAAGACUCAAGUCCCUUGUUCGAGGGGAAGAAGUUGAACGAUCGAGAUGAGUUAAUUAGGACUUUAUCAAACCAUCUUAAUGCCGACACAGAACGGAUAUCUCAUAUCAUGUCUGUCAGGAAAGGGAGAAUCCUUGCUCUCCGAUUGCUGCCAUUUAUCAGUGAUAAUAUCAAUUUUUGGAAAACUUUCACAUCAUCUCUAGAAACCUUGAUGAAAACGGAUGACGAUAUUUUCCUUCAGUUUUUACCGUUCUUCCGGAGAGAUCUCCAGACGACUUCCAUGGACGAAAUCAUCAGCUUAGUGGAAAGUGCUCUGCCAGUUUUAGCGUUCCUAGUUGUAAAUAAAGUUGGCAUCUCAAUUUUAGCAAGUUUAGUGAACAGAGGAGCUACUCUCUACGGACAAGCAAUGGUCGAAGAAAAAACAACAUGGAAAUCGUUUUUGUUGAGUCUAGCAGAAGCUUUACUCACCCGUGACAUCAAGGAAAGACCUGUUGUGGCUGUGGUGAAGGAAACUUUCUCUUUACAUUUAGCAGAGACGAAACUAGCGAAAGAUAAGAAAGACAUUUUAUUAACAGCUCUAUGAGAGAACCAAAUUAUAAUUUUUUUAGCUAUUGUAAGAUGCUUUUGGUUUAAUCGAAGAAAAGAAUGUGGACUGUAGAAGAUUAUCUUCAGAAUUUUUGAUUAUUAAUUUAGAAACAUUUCUAUUAUUACAAUUAUAUUUUCUUCUCUUAGUGAUUUCAUCAAGUUGAGUUGAUAAGUCAGCUGAUUGAAGUAUCAUCUAAUGAACAGAGAAAGGGAAGGAUUAACCAAAGCCCCCAACAAAACUUGUGUCCUCUUUGUGCUUAAAAAUGUUUUCAGAGCUGAGUCCACUGUAGUAUUAAAAAAAUAUCGACUGAGAAUUUCAGUCUGAAAAGCAUCAUAAGGCCAGAAAAAAAAAAUCACAAAAGCCCCAUAAAUUAUUUUCAAGUUUCUAUUUUUUGCAUGGCUCUAAACAUAGCCCUAGCAAAUGCUUGUUUUAAUUUUUCAUCUUCUCCUUUUUGUCCUGUGUAAAUUUCGAACAUGAAGUAUUUCUCUUGUAUUUUUAUUUGAGGCAUUCAGGAUCAAAACCUGUAAUCUCCGUUUGGCUGUUUAAAAAUUUUGCAAUUUUCUCGAAUUCUUACAUAAAUGACCGACGAGUUUUAAUUUGCAUAAUUUCUCAACAAUUUCCUACAAGUUAGCAAAAAAAUUAUGACAUAUUUUACCCGAAAAUUCUUAUUGAUUACUCUUUUCUAAAAAUUUAAACAUCUGCCAAGUUUUUCGACAGUGGAAUGGAGAUUGCAGUUUUUGAUCCUUGGUUUAUCAUUUAUGAGGUCUAUUCUCUUCAUCAAUUUUUUUCUUGCUCGCUGAAUAUGUCAGACAUCUAAGAGGGCCAGAAGGUUACAAAAACAAAUUUGACAGAUAGGCUCUUAGUGGCAAACUUUUCAGCAUUCAUCAGAUCAGUUGGAAACAUAUAUUUGUACUAAAAGACCUACCUAAGGUAUUUGUUUAAAUGUUUAACUGAAAAAAAUACUGUAAAAAACAAUUCUCUGUAGAUAAUCUUAAGCUGUGAUAUGAGAAUUGGAAGAGAUGAAGGGGGACAACUUGAAUUAGUAUCCCUGUUAACUUGUUAAAUUUAGCUAUAGUUGUCCCCUUCAGGAGUAAAGUCAAAAAACAAGGAUCAAGUUCUGAAUUUUUUUCGGAGUAGAAACUUCAAACCCCCAUAAUUCUUGGACAAAUGAAUGCCUCAAGGGCCUGUUUCUUGGAAGAAUAUAUCUAUCAUCUAGUUUAGUCUAUCAAAACAAAUUCUACGCUCACGAUGCCUCGCCUAAUUUCGUAUUCAGGCAAAAAAUAACAGUAAUAGCUUGAUCAUCCUCGCUUAUGCUGUUUUUUGCUAGCAUUUUGGCACCAACAAAAAGAAAACAUGAGAAAAAAAUAAGGCAAUGGCUGCAGGCUUAUGAUUGAAUUUGAUAGACAAAGCCGUAAACAAAGAAGAUGAUGGGAUAAUGGAGUGAGCCUAUUGGUUGAAACAGGUGGUUGUCAUGAACUAAAGGGGAAAAUGAUGAAGUAACCAUAAGGUCUCUCGUUGGUUGUUGUUAUUUACUCUAUUUUUUACCUCUGUUGUUCCUUGCAGCCACCUGCUUCCACCAAUAGGAUUCCUCCUUAUUCCUUUUGUCUUCUUUGUCUAUCAAAUUGUAGUCAGGCUGAUUCGAGUUUUAUGUGUGUGAGAUCACAUUUAAAAAUUUUCUCGAGCUUGCUCAGUUGCGCAAGUCUCUGUUACACAUUAACGAUUACUUAAUUUUCACUGUUAAUAAUAAUUGAAACUCUUUGAUGUUUCAUGACUUAUCGUGAUUUUUAUUUUUGUACUUAUGCAGAAGAAUCAGUAAAAACUUUCCAACUCUAAGAUUGUAAGUAGGUUUUUCUUUCAAAGUAGGAAUGUAAUUAUUAUGUUUAUGCCAGCACAGAAAGCAGUUUUAUCUUGUGAAUAUAGUAAUUGUAUCGGAGACACAGGUGCUUAUUGUGUUUUGUUAUUUUUUAGUUCAUUAUUUAUUUCUUAUUAUAAGUUCUCAUGCUUUUUUUCUGAUAAUCACCAAUGCUUUAUCAGGAGAAGUUCAGAAACUCUCAGUGUUCAGUUUUUAUAGUACUAGCCUGCAAUGCAUGUAGGAUAAAUUGUAAAUCUGUAACUCGCCACAGACUGUUCGCUAAUAAUUGGCAACUCAUCUAUUCUUAAAGAAGAAAAGGGAGUAGCAUGAUUAAUAAUUAGCUUUUAAGUACGAUCAAUUUUAUCGGUUAAAUUUUCUUUGGGAAUCUCUGAUCUAUCAGGAGCGUCUUUCCCUCUCGUUGAGGUUGAAAGGUAUCACCUUAGAAAACUGUUCAAGAGCAAUUUUUGACAAAAUUAGUCACAACUCUGGGUAAAGUCAAAUCAUUUUUUUAGUGUCCUAACAUAUGGAAAA